AUGGACGCUUUGUCUUCCAUCGUAAAUGUAUCUGCGAUGUCUCUCCAUGUUUCGCUUCUCGCCAUCGCUUUUAACCCAACAGCUUGGAACAUUGUGGCCCAGAAUGAGUACAGAAACAAGACAAUUACCCGCAUCUUUGGUGGUAAUGCUUGCUAUGGAUGCUGUUACAAUACAUGCUACUUGUUAACCAUCAUGAUAUUUUCAUUUGGGAUGCUUUGUGAUCAUCUAUAUCAGCGCGCUUUGAGCGACCAGCCUCAAGUUCCUAUGCUCUCUGCGCCAUAUGACAUUCUGAUACCAGUUCUUCUGUUUGCUAUCGGCCAGCUGUUUGUUGUCACUUCCACUUGGGCCCUUGGAAAAACUGGAACUUUCCUCGGGGACUACUUUGGUAUUUUGAUGGAUCAUCACGUACAGGGUUUCCCAUUCAAUGAGCUGAGGAAUCCUAUGUAUGUUGGAAGUAUGAUGUGCUUUAUUGUGAUGGCCUUGUGGUAUUUGUAUGAAUGGCCAGCCGGACUCCUCGUGAGUUUGUACAUAUAUAUCGUUUACCUGAUUGCACUACAAUUUGAAGGACCAUUCACUGACAUGAUCUACUCUAAACGAGCCUCUACAAAGAAGGUGUUGUGA